GCUUCCCUCGGCAAUAUCUUCACAUCAUAUUUACUAAAUCAUUUAGUAAAACAACAAGUGUGUUUUAUAAAUAAUUUUCAAAAAUCACUAUGCAACGUCCAGGCUUCAACCAAGGUUUCCCCGGUGGCAUGAACAACGGCAUGCCGAUGCAGCCAGGCGCGCCCGGCGGCCCAGCCAGGUUCAACAACCCUGGAGGACCAGUGUACGCCCCCGGGUAUGGCCAGCCUAUGCCCGGACAGCAGCACCCACAGAACUUCCAGCCCAACGCCGGCUGCUUCAUGCCCGCCGCUGCCAUCCGCAAAAUCAGCAACACGAUGCCACCACAACAGUUCAACCCCUCCUUCCAAUAACCUGCCUGAAUCUCCGCCCGAGUUAUAUUAAGAUGUUAUGUUAAGUCGUAGUUUAAGUUUAAACAUAAAUAUUUAUUAGCUAC